AUGGGCAGCGAUUCAUCAAUCGACACGAGCAUGGUCAGCGAGGCAGCAUUUAUCGACACGAGCAGCAACGAACCAAACCCGGGCAUCAAUGUCCUGCUUGACAGCAACAAGCAGGCAGCAGACGCGGCCAGCAAUGUCCUGCCUGACAGCAACAAGCAGGCAGCAGACGCGGCCAGCAAUGUCCUGCCUGACAGCAACAAGCAGGCAGCAGACGCGGCCAGCAAUGUCCUGCCUGACAGCAACAAGCAGGCAGCAGACGCGGCCAGCAAUGUCCUGCCUGACAGCAACAAGCAGGCAGCAGACGCGGCCAGCAAUGUCCUGCCUGACAGCAACAAGCAGGCAGCAGACGCGGCCAGCAAUGUCCUGCCUGACAGCAACAAGCAGGCAGCAGACGCGGCCAGCAAUGUCCUGCCUGACAGCAACAAGCAGGCAGCAGACGCGGCCAGCAAUGUCCUGCCUGACAGCUACAAGCAGGCAGCAGACGCGGCCAGCAAUGUCCUGCCUGACAGCAACAAGCAGGCAGCAGACGCGGCCAGCAAUGUCCUCCGUGACAGCAACAAGCAGGCAGCAGACGCGGCUAGCAAUGUCCUGCCUGACAGCAACAAGCAGGCAGCAGACGCGGCCAGCAAUGUCCUGCCUGUCAGCAACAAGCAGGCAGCAGACGCGGCCAGCAAUGUCCUGCCUGACAGCAACAAGCAGGCAGCAGACGCGGCCAGCAAUGUCCUGACUGACAGCAACAAGCAGGCAGCAGACGCGGCCAGCAAUGUCCUGCCUGACAGCAACAACCAGGCAGCCGACGCGGCCAGCAAUGUCCUGACCGACGCGGACAGCGAGACAGUGAAGGGAGCAGGCGGCGACGCAGUGAAAGAGGUGGGCGGCGACGCAGUGAAGGAGGCGGGCGGCGACGCAGUGAAGGAGGCGGGCGGGGAGGCAGUGAAGGAGGCGGGCGGCGAGGCAGUGAAGGAGGCGAGCGGCGAGGCAGCGAAGGAGGCGGGCGGCGAGGCAGUGAAGGAGGCGGGCGGCGAGGCAGUGAAGGAGGCGGGCGGCGAGGCAGUGAAGGAGGCGGGCGGCGAGGCAGUGAAGGAGGCGGGCGGCGAGGCAGUGAAGGAGGCGGGCGGCGAGGCAGUGAAGGAGACGGGCGGCGAGGCAGUGAAGGAGGCGAGCGGCGAGGCAGUGAAGGAGGCGGGCGGGGAGGCAGUGAAGGAGACGGGCGGCGAGGCAGUGAAGGAGGCGGGCGGCGAGGCAGUGAAGGAGACUGGCGGCGAGGCAGUGAAGGAGGCGGGCGGCGAGGCAGUGAAGGAGACGGGCGGCGAGGCAGUGAAGGAGGCGGGCGGCGAGGCAGUGAAGGAGGCGGGCGGCGAGGCAGUGAAGGAGGCGGGCGGGGAGGCAGUGAAGGAUGCGGGCGGCGAGGCAGUGAAGGAGGCGGGCGGCGAGGCAGUGAAGGAGGCGGGCGGCGAGGCAGUGAAGGAGGCGGGCGGCGAGGCAGUGAAGGAGGCGGGCGGCGAGGCAGUGAAGGAGGCGGGCGGCGAGGCAGUGAAGGAGGCGGGCAGCGAGGCAGUGAAGGAGGCGGGCGGCGAGGCAGUGAAGGAGGCGGGCGGCGAGGCAGUGAAGGAGGCGGGCGGCGAGGCGGUGAAGGAGGCGGGCGGCGAGGCGGUGAAGGAGGAGGGCGGCGAGGCGGUGAAGGAGGCGGGCGGCGAGGCAGUGAAGGAGACGGGCGGCGAGGCAGUGAAGGAGGCGAGCGGCGAGGCAGUGAAGGAGGCGGGCGGGGAGGCAGUGAAGGAGACGGGCGGCGAGGCAGUGAAGGAGGCGGGCGGCGAGGCAGUGAAGGAGACGGGCGGCGAGGCAGUGAAGGAGGCGGGCGGCGAGGCAGUGAAGGAGACGGGCGGCGAGGCAGUGAAGGAGGCGGGCGGCGAGGCAGUGAAGGAGGCGGGCGGCGAGGCAGUGAAGGAGGCGGGCGGGGAGGCAGUGAAGGAUGCGGGCGGCGAGGCAGUGAAGGAUGCGGGCGGCGAGGCAGUGAAGGAGGCGGGCGGCGAGGCAGUGAAGGAGGCGGGCGGCGAGGCAGUGAAGGAGGCGGGCGGCGAGGCAGUGAAGGAGGCGGGCGGCGAGGCAGUGAAGGAGGCGGGCAGCGAGGCAGUGAAGGAGGCGGGCGGCGAGGCAGUGAAGGAGGCGGGCGGCGAGGCAGUGAAGGAGGCGGGCGGCGAGGCAGUGAAGGAGGCGGGCGGCGAGGCGGUGAAGGAGGCGGGCGGCGAGGCGGUGAAGGAGGCGGGCGGCGAGGCGGUGAAGGAGGCGGGCGGCGAGGCAGUGAAGGAGGCGGGCGGCGAGGCAGUGAAGGAGGCGGGCGGCGAGGCAGUGAAGGAGGCGGGCGGCGAGGCAGUGAAGGAGGCGGGCGGCGAGGCAGUGAAGGAGGCGGGCGGCGAGGCAGUGAAGGUCACGGGCAGCUACCCUGAAAAAGUCAGCUACCCUGAAAAAGUCAGCUACCCUGAAAAAGUCAGCUACCCUGAAAAUGUCAGCAACCCUGGCAACGACAGCAACCCUGGCAAAGGCAACACCCGCGGCAAAGGCAACACCGGCGGCAAAGGCAGCAGCCGUGGCAAAGGCAGCAGCCGUGGCAAAGGCAGCAGCCGUGGCAAAGGCAGCACCCCUGGCAAAGGCAGCACCCCUGGCAAAGGCAGCAGCCGUGGCAAAGGCAGUACCCGUGGUACCCGAGUGGCGGUGGUGGGUACGAGGAUGAAGGUGCAGGGGCGCUCCUUUGCCUUCACCUCCUCCCGCUGUGUCGCCAUUCGGGGCGGGGCGGGGCGCGGGAAGAAGAAGGUGCAGGUGGCAUGGCAGCAGGCGGGGAAGGCGGCAUGCAAGGAGAUCCAGUUCUUUGCUGCGCCGGACUGCAAGGGAACGGCCGUGGACACUCUCGUGAAGGGCAAGGGGUCUAAGGCGAUUGCCUCAUCAGUGAAGUCCGCUCGCUGUGCCACUG